UGCAGUAAAGUCGACGAAACCGUAUUAACUGAAGUGAAACCCCUCGAGAGUAAGCAAGACGUGUUUACCAACUCGACAGAAAAGGAAAACCGAACUGAGAGAGAUUCAAACGAAGCGAAUGACGACAUUUUGUCCGCGCGAUCCGAAGCUGAUGACGAUCCCAAACCAGAAUGUUCUAUAAAAAUUCUAGGACUGAAUUGGAAUAUCAACACUGAUGAAAUUCACUAUGACCUAACUGCAUUGGUGAACUUUGCGGCAACACUUAAUCCUACGAAGCGAUCAGUGCUACGACUCACGGCUAAAGUGUUUGAUCCACUUGGAUUCCUUACCCCAUUUACGAUCUGUAUGAAAGUUUUGUUCCAAACUCUGUGUGUUCAUGGCGUUAAUUGGGAUGACGUGUUAGACGGAGAAGAGUUAGCGGCAUGGAAAAGAUUUAUCGUAGACCUCUCAGCAUUGAACGACAUUCGAAUACCUCGAUGUUACUUCCGAAGAACCAAAGAGAAACCGACAGGUCACCAGCUUCACGGGUUUAGUGACGCCUCAUCGAAGGCCUACGCAGCCGUAGUGUAUUUGCGAACAGUUCAUCAUAACGGAGAGAUUGAAGUAAAUCUUGUGGCCUCCAAAACGAGAGUGGCUCCGAUAAAAAAACAAUCCAUACCACGACUAGAAUUACUGGGUGCAACUAUCCUAGCUCGAUUGAUGAACUCUGUCCAGAAAGGGCUAACGUCAUUGAACACGACUCCUGAAGUAUUUUGUUGGACUGAUUCUUACACAGUUUUGUGUUGGAUCAGAAACGAGAAAGUUUGGAAAGCUUACGUCAAUCACCGUGUCCAAGAGAUACGGGACCUUGUCGAGAAAGAAUCCUGGAGAUUCUGCCCAGGCGAACAAAACCCCGCAGAUUUGCCAUCUCGAGGAAGUCGCGGAAUUGAGUUAACGAAGAAUACGACGUGGUGGAACGGUCCAGAGUUUAUUCGAAGCACCGAGGAGGCUUGGCCGAGUGAACCAGGACCUACGAAGAGUGACGAACUGAGCGCGUUCGCAGAAAUCACGAAGCCCAAGAUUGAACCAACGAUAACGAGAGCUUUAGCCAAUGUUACGAUCACCCCACCUAACGUAGAAGCCAUCAUGGAUUGCAACCGGUACAGUACCAAAGAGCAACUUUUACGAGUAACAGCGUUAUUAAAGAGAUUCGGUGACAAAACGAGGAGACAGCCAGUGCCAAUUGAAGUAACUGCGAAUGAACUAAGAGCAGCUGAAAAACUUUGGGUGAAUACCAUACAGGCAAGCAAUUUCGAAGACGAAAGGUCAUAUCUCCAAGGAGUUUCGAAGAAAGAACCGCUGCUCGUAAGACAGUUGGAUUUAUUCUUGGACGAAGAAGGUACGAUUCGAUGCCAAGGUCGAAUAGAUAAAUCAUCAUUACCCAUGACGACAAAGCGGCCAAUACUUCUUCCUGCACGACAUUUCUAUACGCAACUUGUAAUUCACAACUGUCACGAAGUCGUCCAUCACAACGGUGUCAAAGAAACAUUGAACUGCAUUCGCGAAGUAUAUUGGAUUCCAAGAGGUCGAGAAGCCGUUAAACGUGUAAUUGGAGUAUGUGUUACAUGUAGAAAACACGAAGGGAAGCCAUACGGUUCACCAAAGUUCGCCCAGCUACCAUCAUGUAGAGUAAGCGAUGAUCCACCUUUUGCUCACACCGGCAUGGACUUCGCUGGACCACUAUAUUUAACGACCGAAGGUGAAGAUGAUAAAGAACGAAAGUUGCAAAAGGCGUACAUUUGUCUCUAUACCUGCGCGUCAACAAGAGCGUUACACCUUGAACUUGUGCCAAAUUUAUCAGUGUCUACAUUCUUACAAUCAUUUAGAAGAUUCACCGCUGGAAGAGGAUUACCGACAAAGUUACUAUCGGAUAACGCGAAAACGUUUAAAGCGGCUGCAAAAGAAGUCAAGGGAAUUACGAGAUCUAUGGAAGUUCAGCGGUAUUUGGCGAACAAAGGAAUCACGUGGGAGUUCAUCGUGGAAAAGGCACCCUGGCAAGGGGGUUUCUGGGAAAGAAUGGUGAAAUGUGUCAAACGCUGUCUGAAAAAGGCGGUGGGUCGAGCAUCAUUAUCGUUUGAAGAAAUGCGCACAUUAUUGAUUGAGAUUGAAGCUACGCUGAACAAUCGACCUAUGACUUACGUAUACGAUGAUGAAGAAGGCGUGUCUUAUCCGUUAACACCUGCAUCGUUGAUCUAUGGUCGAAACAUCGCUACAACGCCAAACGAUAAGCAAUUCGAAGUGAUCAGUACAAAUCAAUCCCUAACUCGACGGCAGAAGUAUCACAAAAGGCUUUUAAACCAGUUUGCGAAGCAAUGGAGAACGGAGUAUCUCACUAGUUUAAGAGAGUCAUCAAGGUCAAAGGUUUCGUCGGAUGCGGCUCGUAAGCUGGCGAUAGAAGAAGGAGAGAUCGUAGUUUUAAAGAACGACAAGUCAUCACGAUCAUUUUGGAAGGUAGCUAGGGUGGAGGAAUUACUCCCCAGUAAAGACGGUGUUAUUAGAGCGGCAAAGGUACGCGUAGUUAAUCAAGAGAAUGGAAAAUCAACAUGGUUACGAAGACCCAUACAACACCUUGUUCCUCUAGAAAUACGGUCGAGUUGCAAACAGAAGAACGAAACGCACGCGAGGGAUCCUACGACGGAAGAGACGAAAGAGGAUGCCUCUUCAAAGGAACCGCUGAAGGCGAACGCAAGGAGUACAGUUGUUACUAAAUACUUCCUACGAAGUCAGAACAAUCGUAAAGAUACUGUGUGACACACUAACGUGAUUUAAGUUUAUUAAUAGUUAUAUUAGUACAAACAUUAACCCUCGGGAGUGUAUCGAACGGUUCAGGUUUAUAUUAACAUUAUAAAUUAUAGUAAUGACGUAGAGACAACGCGCCAAUCAGAAGCUAGUGUGGCACGCCCACAACCCGCCUUCUUGUUAGAGCUCACGCCUCCAGACAUGGCGAAAAUAUAACAAAGCUAGCGCCAGUGCCGAACCGGCUGUUUUAUUGUGAUAUGUGUUUAAAUGUUAUUAAAAAUAUAGUAAAAUUGAACGUUGUUUACAGCUACUGCUUAAAAAAUGUAGCGAACUAUUUCGCUAUUUCGCUAUUCUAUAUUUUUAGUUUUACGGUAUUUGGAGCAUCCACUAAGCACUUUAAUUAAUAACGGUCUUACCGAGACGACUAGCAAGAACUGCGGCUUGUAGUUCUAAUCGGGGAAUUCUUAGUUCCUUUAACGGGGCUGCUCGUGAUCUUGCAGCGACUUUUAAAUUAGAAACAGCAGAAUUUUAAAUUAUUUGCCUAUUUGUAAAAUAGUAUAGAAUAAACGAAUUCUUUGCUGUUUAAUUUUGACUGUUUAAGCAGCAAUAUUUUAGCUGUUUACUGAUUACAGCUAUACCCCAUUGCCACCCUAGCUCGUAUAUGAUUUGCAUAUGAUAAACAACUUCAUUCAAAAUCCAUCAGGAAAUUGCACCCAACUCGACGUAUCCUGCCCUGAACAGCUUCAUUAAUACAUUUUUGGAGAUCCUUGGUGGCAGCGAUAAAAACAUUAAAAUUAUUGACCUGGGAGCUGGUACUGGCUAUGUUGCUAUCGAGCUAAAGAAACAUGGCUUCACCAAUAUCGAUGGCUUGGAUUUGUCUUCGGAAAUGUUAAAGAAAGCCAAGGAAAAAGACGCAUAUCGAAAUUAUAUCUGUGAAGCUAUAACAGAGAAACGGCUAGAUAUACCUACCGGAGCUUAUGAUGUUGUCUUGAGUCUUGGGACUGUGACGUCUGGUUAUAUAAAAGCAAGUGCAUUUGAUGAAAUCUUGCGUUUAGCAAAGCCAG